UCGCAUGGCCCCCGCAUUGCGCAUAUGACAUGUUUUAGCAUUUGUCGGCCGUGUAUGUUGUAAACAUUAGAAACUCAGCCUGACCAACCAGAAGGACUGAGCGGUACCUCGGUUACAAUCAAAGCCUGCAUGUUCAUCAGGUCAGUCACUGAGUUGGAGACGAUUCGGAAAACUGAGCCGAUUACAGCGGUCGUCCUAAACAGCGUCCACCAGCGCCCAACAGUGUCCGCCAGGGUUAAAGUCAGAAUCCUGAAGCCAUGUCUUCGAGGAAAGAAGUCCUUGGUGUCUCCCAAGGAUCCAGUCUCCUUCCUCUUCGCUUGCGACGGCAGCUUGCUGCAGCGAAAUCAACACCAAGCCGCGUGACAGCAGCGCCACCUGCAGUUGAACAAGAUGACAGUGAUGACGAUGAUUGCUGUAUCAUAGUGCCAGAUUCUCCGAAAAAGAAGCUGGAGCUGGUCGAGGUUCCCGAGGAAGAAACGGCAUCCACCAGUAAUGCCACGAAUGAGUCUGUGAGAGCUUCGAUAGUUCGACAGUCUGAAGAGGGCCAAGGUACCAACAGUGAUGGCAGAACGGAAAAAUCGAAAAAAACAUUUCUGUCGAGUGAGUCACUUACAGCUCGGAUCAGAAGAAACUUGCAGUAUCUACGCGACGGGCGGGAGGCAACACCAUUACCUGUUACACAGUUGCCAGCAUCGGAUGAUGAUGACGUUGGGUCCAUGUCAGUCGGGGAGCUCAUGAAACGAGCUAAAGGCAUGGUUGUAUUAACAAAUGAAAACAAAGAGUUGAAGAGAAAGGUGUUGGAUCUGGGCGCUCGGUUCAAUUCGUUGGAGACUCGAUUGCACCAGAAGGAGGGCCUGGUCUCGCAGUACGAGUCGGAGAUUGAGACGAUGACAGAUUUGCUGAAAGAUGCGGAAAAUGAACUGGAUAAGGCACACAAGGAACGGAUGAUGAAAGGCCACUCGUCGGAUGAGGUCAACAAACUCAAUAAACAGUUACAGUCGCAAAAAGAAGCUCAAGAAAUGCAGGACCAGGCAUUGAACGAACUGCAGCGGCAGCUCAAGGCCAGUCAGGCGGAAAACAAGACGCUAAAGUCGUCAGUAUCAAAAGCGACAGAGGCCGGCCAUCGCGAGGAAAAGGACCUCACCAAGAAGACACAGGAGAUCGUCAAGUUGAAACAAGCGCUAAAAGACGCCGAGACGUCGUUGACUAAAGAAAAGCAGGAGAAGAAACUGGCAAAUUUGGCGGAGCAGAAAGUGAAGUCUGAGAUGAUUUACAAGUGUAGCUUGUUGACGAUGAAGACAGAAAAGCUGCAAAAAGAGGAGCGAGAGGUGGCGUCCUACCAAGAGAAACUGAAGCGCUCGGAGGAGGUCAGACGAAAGGCACUCGAUGUCACCAAUAUGUGCUAUAGUACCAUUGGGGCGAUGGCCAAGGAGUUGAAACGAUGCAAAGAGAUCAGUUGCUCCCUCAGCGAUCUACUACAAGAAAUACAGCUGAAACUCAUCGACCGCCAAGUCAAACAGAUAACGGACGGAGCAGGACGCACUGACAUCACAAUGGAUCAAAAUCUAAAAGAAAUGCUCAGGAAAAUCUGGGAAGUGCAAAAACAAUUCCGCCCAGUCAUCCUUAUCGAUGUGAAAGACGACAACGUCGGGAAUAUCAGGAGCAAUGUUACGGAAGCACCAAAUAUGGAUACUGGGACUGGUACCAGUGGCAAAGGGAAAGGGCGUGGUAGGGGAAGGGGACGAGGGAGUAUGAAGGGCACCCCGAGUGUAGCUUUGCCCUCGGCACCAGCUAUUACAAAUAUUCCCGGUGACAUGACGGAAUUUGACGAAAAGACGCAUCAGAAUAAUAAGUUGUUGUUGCAAUGUUUGGAUUUGUUGGCCGUGGCGCAUAGUGAUGUGUCGUCGAAGGAGACGCAGUUGGCAGGGCUGAGCGUGGAGUUGCAGGAAGUUCGGAAGGAUCUCCAGAAGAAGGAGGAAUGUUACACGAUUCAUGUGUAUGAGCAGAGCAAGGAAAGGGAGGGACAGAUUGGGGAUUCUGAUGCUGAAGGUGGAGAUGAUAACACGGGCAGUAAGGCAGUCCAGAGGGUCAUCACGUCGUAUGCCGCCUUACCAAAACCCCUCGACUCGACAAGUCCAAUCAAGGAGCGUCGCUCGAGCGCGAAUGUCACAGUGAUCCCGGCCAAUGACGCAGCGCAGGAGAAGAUGAACGUGAGGAUGGAAUGCGAGAGUGACGGUGAGAUGGACGAGGGGUCAAGGACACUCGGCAUACAGACAGAACCAAUCAAAGAUCACGUUCUGGUGCUUAUUGACUCGGAUGAUGAAAAUCCUGUAGUCAUAAGCGAUACGGAGGACGAACAAAAUUUAUCCAUGGACGGGGAGUCUAGAAGCGUAGGCAUUGGUGUUAAUACCAGCGCAAGGUAUCGCCCCGAUUCCAAUCCAACAGAUAUCACAAAAGACGAAAAAUCAAGCUCACCAGUCAAAGCCUUAUUGACAAACGUCACAACAAUACCGCAAAGUUUGUUUGAUAACUUUUCCACGCCUUCAGAUGACGUCUCCACCUCGCAGGCAGAUGAGGAGAAAUCUACCAGUAAAAAUGACAGUUCUGAGAAUAUUAAAUCUUUUGAUGCGGAGAUGAGAGUAGACGCCGACUUGGUUGCACCUCGUGAAGAUGUGAAGGAGGAAGACGCGUCAGAUUCUAAAGAGAAAUCCCUUUGUAAAGAUGAUGCGACUGACAAGAUUAAGGCUUUAGAACUAAUUGAUGAGCUCGAGAGCCAGAAAGUCGACUUGAGCAGGGGCCCGCCAACAGCUCGGUAUACUAUCAACCAGAUUAUGAUGGCGCGGAUGAUGCUCAAAACGAAGCGGGUGGGUUCUUCGGGUGUGGAUGGAGACGCAAAGGGUGCAAGUGAAGCUGAGCAAGGUUCUGAAGGUGGCGUUGAGAAAACCAGUGGUAAGGAGUCGGACUUGGAUCGGUCUGCAGAAGGAAUUGAUCAGGAUUUGGAAAAAGACGCAGCAAGCGAAAAAGCACAUUUGACUAAAGACAAAGCAGACGUGCAAUCAGUACCAUCGAACGAGAAGUGCGUAUCUCAGAAUGAUGAGCAGUCGAAAGAGGUUAGCACAAGUGCUGAAAAUACGGGCACUGCUGAGCGGGAUUCGGAUGAUCAGGUGGCUCCAUCUGCUGGAGAUGAGCCAAGCAAUGAAGUCGAGAAUGAUAUUAUGUCAGAAUCGUUGUCUGUUAUGAAAAGUCUGGCGGAAGAUGCAGCAAAACUUUUUGAUUUUGACGACAAGGGGGGAAAGUCUGAUGAUACUGCAGAACCACCUAGUGGCCAGUGUCAGAAACGGAAGCAUUCGGCGGAUGAUGAUGAUGAUGUCGAUGAUGAUGACAAAAGUGAAAAGAAACAGAAGCGAGAUGCGAGUGACUAGUUUGAAUUUCAAAUGGGCAUCAUGGCCUGUAGAUAGCGAGUGUUUCAGAUGAAGAGUUGUAGCAGGGCUAGAGGGCAGCACAGUGCCUUUUCUCUAUUUCAUCUUUUUGCCUUUUUCUACAGUGGCCAAUUUGCGACGUUGAAAUUGUUGCGUCAUGCCAGCCUGUAGAAUGCUGAUGCUCGCAGCCAAAUAUUUUUUAAAGCAAUGUCAGAAUGACGUCACUUCUUAACUGAAAUAUCCAUGUAGUUCGAUGCGACUUUGGUCGAUCUUAGGGUUGGCAGGAGAGUGUAUGUUUUUCAGUAUUGCAAAUGUUUCCAAUGUUUUAUUGCAUGUAUGUAAGGUGUCAAGUUGUAGUGGUCUAUAGUUACCUGCCUCAAGUUUGUCAAUUUCAUGCUUGAAGGGAUAAGGAAUAUAAAUAUCACGGACAACCCUUCCUCGGUAAAUUGCAUUUCUAUUUGUUUGUUUACUUGUUCUUAUUGAUGAAUAAGAUUCGUUGCUAACUUUAGCUAGCAUUGGCGAGUGCCACCCACAUAUGUAGAAAAAUGGCCUUGUUGUUCAGUGCAUCAGAUUAUAUUUGAUACUUGUCUAGGUUUUAUCUGGCUCACAUGAUGCACUUGGGAAGGUAGUUAGUCAUGAACAUUACCAAGUUUACUGUAAUUUUAAUGCAGUAGAUGUUUGCGACUAACCCCCUGUAAUCUUAAUUACACUAGACUGGGUAAUGUUCGUAAUACAGUAGAUGUUUGCGACUAACCCCCUGUAAUCUUAAUUACAGUAGACUGGGUAAUGUUCGCAAUACAGUAGAUGUUUGCGACUAACCCCCUGUAAUCUUAAUUACAGUAGACUGGGUAAUGUUCGCAAUACAGUAGAAGUUUGCGACUAACCCCCUGUAAUCUUAAUUACAGUAGACUGGGUAAUGUUCACAAUACAGUAGAUGUUUGCGACUAACCCCCUGUAAUCUUAAUUACAGUAGACUGGGUAAUGUUCACGACUGUUUUAUUUUCAACUUUAAUGCAUUAAAGGAGUAACCCAUUUUAUGUCGGUUGUAUUUACUGGUGGUUCAGGAAAAUUGAAUACAAAAUGCUGUGUUGAAGUUAUGAUGCGUGAAGACUCGCAAUGACGUGGUAAUUUUUUGUAUUUGUUUACUGUUGUAUACUGAUUUCCACUGAUUGGUCAGAACA